UUUGCAUCCUGCACAGCCCAGGUCCCGUGCAAGCACAAAAACACAGUCCCGCAGGAUGUCACUGACCGACGACUGUAGGAAACCAACGAUAGCUACUGUGCAGAGAGAUGGCCACACCACACCUGGGAAACUGCGCACAGUUUUGGUCUCCUUCCGAAAUGAAUCCUGGCGACCAGGACCUACUGGUCAGUUUUCAGGAGCAACAGGAGGGAAUUUUCCUCAGGAAUGGCUAUCUGGACUCCAUUGAGGGACAGGAAGAGGUAGAAGAAGGGGUGCCUAACUGGUCAGCCACCAGAUCUGGGGUUGUGGGUAAGAUGGAACUUGACGAGCUGCUUCAGAGUCGCGUUAACCCCAACGAGGUGUACAACAACAGCAGCAGCAGCAGCAAAAAAGCUGGCGCGGCCGAAUCAGCUUCUGAAGCGGACAGCGGCAUCUCCGACGACCAGCGGCCUGACAGUCCCCUUCCUGCCGAGACAACACCCGCCCGCCUCUUCCAGCUUGUGUAUGGGGUCAGCGUGAAGUCGGAGUCUUCCGGGGCCGAUCUGGUCUCCAUCGAUCUUGGCAGCUGGAACAGCCAGGCGCUCCUGCCCGAGUCCUGCGUAGUGGAUGCCAGCAGGGAUCCAGGCACCAUGGAUGAUCUGCCGGAUUUUCCAGAUCUGUUGUUGACGGAGGAGGAACAGCGUUUGCUGAGCCAGGAAGGCAUCAUACUGCCUAGCAACCUACCACUGACAAAGGCAGAAGAGCGGAUUCUUAAAAAGGUUCGGAGGAAGAUCCGGAACAAGCAGUCAGCGCAGGAAAGUCGUCGUCGGAAGAAGGAAUACAUUGAUGGGCUAGAGAGCAGAGUGGCUGCGUGCACCGCUCAAAACCAGGAGCUUCAGAAACAGGUGGAACAACUUGAACAUCACAACCUGUCUCUGAUCAGCCAGCUACGCAGACUGCAGUCUCUCAUCAAGCAGACGUCAAACAAAGCAGCCCAGACCAGCACCUGUGUCAUGAUCCUGGUCUGCUCCCUGAUGUUGCUGAUAUUCCCCAGUUAUAGCCCAUUCAGCCUGGAGACUCCAGUCAAUCCUCAGGGAUACAAACCCACUGGAGUGAUCUCCCGGACAAUCCUGAAUGACCUGGGAUCCUCUCAGAGGGCAGAACACGCUGAGAUGGUGGCGCCGGACGCCGCAGCUCUGCAGGAGCAGAAGGAGCGGCAGGACCCUGCAGCCAACUUGCUGAUGCCCCCCGUGACCGGAUUCCCACCAGUGCCCAACGUCGUCCACCACGGUGUCAGUCCCUCACUGGAUUCGUCUGACCCUGGUACGGCUGCCAACUCCACCUCUGACCUUCAACCUCUGGGCCACGGUCCAUUACCCAAGGAUUCCGACUCAUCCAAACUGGGGCAUGCGGACGAGAUGUGAUUGGAGACUUAGUGAGCCUUGACUACUGACUGGUACCCCAUCCCCAUCGGGUGAAUGGGGCAGAAAGCGAUCGGCCAUAGGGAUGUUGUAGCAAUGAACUCAGAGGCUGCAUGGACACAAUUUGUGAUUGCUUCUCUGCUGAAUGGGUCAGGCACUGCCCUCAGGAGAGUAGACACUGUACAGUUUCUGUGCUGGCGUGAUAUUCCUCACUGUGGUGGUGUACAAAUACUUCCUUCAAACCUUUGCCUGAAAUCUGAUUCUCCCUCCAUCUGACUCUCACACUUUUGCUUGCUCUUUCUUUGUGUCUGUCUCUCUCUGUCUCUGUCUCUGUCUCUCCGUCUCUCUGUGUCUGCUGCCUCACUGUCUUCCUGUCUCUCUGUUUCUCUCCCCUGUCCUUGUUAUAAGAAUGUUAUAUCUACAUGAAAUAAAAUAUUUGAUAUUUGCAUUAACUCAACCUCUCCUGUUUCU